AUGGCUUCAACGGAUCUCGCAGCCAAACGGCGCCGCACGCGAAAGGAUUACCCUUUUCAUCUUGAAUACCGUACAAGAUGGUUCGACAAUGACAUGUACGCCCACCUUAAUAACACUGUUUAUGCCAUGCUCUUCGACUCGAUCAUCAACAGCUACCUGAUCAAGUAUUGCGGCAUGGAUCCGUUUAGCACGAACAACAGGGCUAGUCGCGGGAGUCCUACACCGUCAUCUACUACGCCACUAUCCCAGCAGGUGGGAAUCCUGGUCUCCUCGUACUGUGACUAUUUUGCAUCUGUUUCGUUUCCAGACGUGCUUGAUCUGGGAUUACGAGUGGUCCGGCUAGGGUCGUCAAGCGUGACGUAUGAAGUUGGCGUGUUUCGCGAGGGGGAGGAGGAGGUCAAGGUUGUAGGCGGGUAUACACAUGUGUUCUGUGCGAGGGAGACGAUGAAGCCGGCCAAGGAAGGUAUGGAGGAGGCAGUACGGAGGGCACUGGAGAGGUUGAUUGUUCGAGAUAUCGCUAGAUUAUAG